AUGUCGAUGUCAUCGGCGCAGGAACUUCAUUUAGUUGGUGGUGUAAAACAACUCGUAGCUGGUGAUUUGGAUGAAGCUAAAGAAGCGUUGGAAUCAUCAUUAAAACAUUUGAAAAAGGGUGAAAAUGGAGCUGACUACAAGAUUAAACAAAUCAAUUCUGCCAGCAAACAGCUAGUAUCCGGUAUACUAUAUACCAUAAACGCUGAUAUCAUCGUUGGAGACGAUAAGGAAACGAAAAACUGUGAUGUAAAAAUCUGGUCUCAACCCUGGUUGGAAAAUGGUAUUAAAGUAACAUUGAACUGUGAAAAGGAAGAUGAAGUUGUUUUCAAACAUAGCGCCUAA